AUGCCCCUAUUCAAACGACGGGAUGGUGCUACGCCGGCACCCAACGCCACUAUCCGAGAGAAGUACGAUUUUCGAGAUGUGUUGGGGACUGGAGCGUUUUCGAAGGUAUUCCUAGCGGAAUCGAAAAGCGAAGCGGGUCAAAUGUAUGCAGUUAAGUGUAUCGAUAAGAAGGCGUUAAAAGGGAAAGAGGAAUCAUUGGAGAAUGAGAUCAAAGUGCUGAGGAAACUCCGACACAACAAUAUAGUGCAACUAUUUGACACGUAUGACGAGAAGCAGUUUGUCUAUCUAGUUAUGGAAUUGGUCACCGGUGGAGAGUUGUUUGACAGGAUUGUGGCAAAGGGGUCGUAUACAGAACAGGACGCAUCGAAUUUGAUAAGACAGGUUCUUGAAGCAGUCGCCUUCAUGCACGACAACGGCGUCGUGCACCGAGAUCUGAAACCUGAAAACCUGCUCUACUACAACCAAGACGAUGACUCGAAAAUCAUGAUCUCCGACUUUGGUCUCUCAAAAACCGAAGACUCGGGAGUGAUGGCGACGGCGUGCGGAACGCCCGGCUACGUGGCACCAGAAGUUCUUCAACAGAAGCCAUACGGAAAAGCUGUCGAUGUUUGGUCGAUUGGAGUCAUCGCCUAUAUUCUGUUGUGCGGAUACCCACCAUUCUACGACGAGAGCGAUGCUAACCUCUUCGCCCAAAUCAUCAAAGGAGAAUAUGAGUUCGACGCACCAUACUGGGAUCAAAUUUCGGAUUCAGCCAAGGACUUCAUCUCGCACUUGAUGUGCUGCGAUCCGGAGAUGCGAUUCACGUGCCAAGCCGCGUUGGCUCAUCCAUGGAUCAGUGGAAACACCGCGUACACUCAUGACAUUCACGGAACUGUCGCCGUGCACCUCAAGAAGAGUUUGGCAAAGAGGAACUGGAAGAAGGCCUACAACGCAGCCGCAGCCAUCCGUCAACUCCAGAUGCUCCGCCUCUCCUCCAACAGCAACCGGCUCCAGAAACAAGCAUCCCAACAACAACCGACACCACCACAACCUACUCCAGCAUUUCAUGCUUAA